AUAAAAAGCCUCAAGUACAGUCAAUAAGAACAACACAAGACACUUAACAGUCCCUUAGAGAACAUACAAAUUCUACACAAACAAAAAUCUAAAAUAUUUCAAAACAUGAAGUUGGUCAUUACUUUAGCUGUUGUUUGCCUAAUGGCCUCUGCCUUAGCUUCACCUUUAGAGCUAAACGAUGAACAGAAAGUCAAAGCUAAGCAAUAUUUCGAGGAGUGCAUUAAACAGGAGAACGUGUCCGAUGCUGAUGCCGAAAAAUUGCGCAAAAAGGAUUUCGCCAAUCCCUCUAAGAAUUUGAAAUGUUUCGGUACUUGUUUCUUUGAAAAAGUCGGUACUUUGAAGGACAGUAAAGUGCAGGAAGAUGUGGUUUUGGCAAAGUUGGGUUCCAUUAUAGGUGAGGAAAAGACCAAGGCUAUUUUAGCUAAAUGCAAAGAUGUUAAAGGUGAAGAUCGUUGUGAUACCGGUUUCAAAUUGUAUGAAUGUUUUGAAAGUGCUAAGGCUGAAGUGAUGGCAACUUAUUGAUUUAAGUAAGAAUUUGUUGUUAUUAAAAGUAUUUUAUGUAAAGAGUGUAUAUUAAAGGGUUUUAAAUAAAUAUUUUAAAAUUAA